GGUGGUAACAUAGACUAGUAACAUAUGUAUGUUACUAGUCUAAUUUACUCCCACCAUGACCAGCCUAAUAGACUUUCAUUUUGCUCGACAUGAUCCAAACACAUCUUUAGAAUGACGAUGAGCUUGUCUGCACUAUUUUCGGACCACAAAGAUUCGCCGUCUACAAGGUUGUCUUCCUUCCUGACUAGACAUCGCAAAAAAGAAACACGCUGACACGCAGGAAUCCGCUACUUUAGCACUCACUCGCAAAGCGUAGCAGCGAAUUACCAGAAAGAAACCGAACAUUUAGCGACAAGUUCCUCAAGGAUCACGGCCGUUUCUGACACGGAAUAAAGAGCUUCGAUCCACGAAGGUCGCAAGAAGCUUCGCUGCAAAAUCCUUGCCUUGCUUGACGCAUCAUCAUACAUGAUACAACAAUCUUGGUCCAGUUCCAUGGCCGUGCCUUGCUUCUCCGUGUGAUCUUUGCUGCAACUUCGGAGAAAGAACGAGAGGAGGAGGAGGAGGCCGUGUCCUCCUCGCAUGGUAUUUCUAGCGGCCGUCCCCUGUCGUCGAUCGCGAUCGCUUCCGAGAAAGAAUGGGCGGGGUGUUGAGCGCGCUGUUCGGCGGCCACCGGCGGAGAGCGGCCGAGGCGAGGAGGAUGACGAUGUCGAGGAGCGGUGAGCCGUCGGGAUACGGCCGUGGAGGCGGCGGAGGCGGCGAGCAGCGGCGGAGGGGGAUGCUGUCCAAGAAGUACUCGUACAUACCGGACACCUUCACCUCUCUCGACCAGGUGAUUGAUGACGGGCCAUCUUCAUCUCACAUGAUUGUUCCUCGCUUCAUCUUCAUCUCCUGCCUGCUCGCCUGCCUGACUUGGUUAGCUUUGAUUUCUCAGGUGGCUUCGGCGCUGUGCGAUCAGGGCCUCGAGUCGUCCAACCUCAUCCUCGGGGUGGACUUCACCAAGAGCAACGAAUGGACAGGGAAGCGGUCGUUCAACGGACAGAGCCUGCACAAGCUGGGCGACGCGCCCAACCCUUACGAGGCGGCCAUCAGCAUCAUCGGCAAGACGCUCGCUCCCUUCGACGAGGACAACCUCAUCCCCUGCUUCGGCUUCGGCGACGCGACCACGCACGACUACAACGUCUUCAGCUUCCACCCGGACAACUCGCCGUGCCACGGCUUCGAGGAGGUGCUGGCCUGCUACCGGAACGUCGUGCCGCACCUCAGGCUAUCAGGGCCGACGUCCUUCGCGCCGAUCGUGGAGGCCGCCGUCGACAUCGUGGACAGGACCGGAGGCCAGUACCAUGUCCUCGUCAUCGUCGCCGACGGCCAGGUCACUAGGAGUGUGGAUACCAGUGAUGGCGAUCUGAGCCCGCAGGAGAGAAGAACCGUGGACUCCAUUGUCAUGGCCAGUUCGUAUCCCUUGUCCAUCGUGCUGGUCGGGGUCGGGGAUGGCCCAUGGGAGGACAUGCAGAAGUUCGACGACAAGCUCCCCGCGCGCGCCUUCGACAACUUCCAGUUUGUGAACUUCACGUCCAUCAUGUCGAGGAACGCGACGCUGCAGCAGAAGGAGUCGGCGUUCGCGCUGGCGGCGCUCAUGGAGGUGCCCAUCCAGUACAAGGCCACCAUGGAGCUCGGCAUCCUAGGCCGGUCCACGGGGAAGGCCAAGAGGGUCGUCCCGGCCCCGCCUCCGCUGCCGGGGUCUGCGCAGAGGCAGCCGUCGUCGUUCAGGCGGGAGGCUAGCGGCGCGAACGCCGCGGCGGCGGAGCCAAGAGAGGAUCAGGUGUGCCCAAUCUGCUUGACCAAUGCCAAGGAUCUAGCAUUUGGCUGCGGCCACAUGUGUUGCAGGGAGUGUGGGGAGAACCUCUACAGAUGCCCGAUAUGCCGAGAGACAAUACGCUCCAAGCUGAGGCUGUACACGGGAUGAUUGAUUCAAACCAAAAUAUGUCAUUAUAUUUGUUUCAAAUGUGAAGCAUUUCGCAGACAAAAUGCAGCGUCUGAGUUAUUCUGAUUGCAUGGUUC